GUGGAGUUGUAUAAAGCAGAGCGGCGUCGGGGCGAGAGGCUUGAGACGAGCCCAGGGCCGGGACAGGGAGCUGGAAGGAGGCGAGCGCCCGCCCUGUCUCCGCGACCCGUCUCCCCCAGACGGUGCGGGGGACGGAGGGGGCAGUGAGGAUGGCACCCGGAACGGACGGACCCAUGCUGCCUAGGAUGCUGCUGCUGCUGCUGCUGCUGCCAGGGUGGUUCCUGCCCCACAGUGAGGGGUCCCAGAGAGCUGAGCCCAUGUUUACUGCAGUCACCAGCUCCGUCCUGCCGCCCGACUACGACAGCAACCCUACCCAGCUCAACUACGGCGUGGCUGUCACCGACGUGGACCACGAUGGGGACUUUGAGAUCGUGGUGGCAGGGUAUAAUGGCCCCAACCUGGUUCUGAAGUAUGACCGAGCCCAGCGGCGCCUGGUGAACAUUGCAGUGGAUGAGAGAAGCUCCCCCUACUAUGCACUCCGGGACCGGCAGGGGAACGCCAUUGGGGUCACUGCCUGUGACAUUGACGGGGAUGGCCGGGAGGAAAUCUACUUCCUUAACACCAACAAUGCCUUCUCAGGGGUUGCCACUUACACGGACAAGCUGUUCAAGUUUCGGAAUGGCCGCUGGGAGGACAUCCUGAGUGACGAGGUCAACGUCCGUCGUGGGGUGGCCAGCCGUUUUGCCGGCCGCUCCGUGGCCUGUGUGGACAGGACGGGCUCUGGCCGCUACUCCAUUUACAUAGCCAAUUACGCCAAUGGCAAUGUGGGCCCAGACGCCCUCAUUGAAAUGGAUCCAGAGGCCAGCGAUCUCUCCAGGGGCAUUCUGGCUCUCAGUGAUGUGGCUGCUGAAGCUGGGGUCAGCAAAUACACAGGGGGCCGAGGAGUCAGCGUGGGGCCCAUCCUCAGCAGCAGUGCCUCCGACAUUUUCUGUGAUAACGAGAAUGGACCUAACUUCCUCUUCCACAACCAGGGCGAUGGCACCUUCAUUGACGUGGCCGCCAGCACUGGUGUGGAUGACCCACAGCAGCAUGGGCGUGGUGUAGCCCUGGCUGACUUCAACAGGGAUGGCAACGUGGAUAUCGUCUAUGGCAAUUGGAAUGGCCCCCACCGCCUGUAUCUGCAGAUGACCACUCAUGGGAAGGUCCGCUUCCGGGACAUCGCCACUCCCAAGUUCUCUAUGCCAUCCCCUGUCCGCACGGUCAUUGCUGCUGACUUUGACAAUGACCAAGAGCUGGAGGUUUUCUUCAACAACAUUGCCUAUCGAGGCUCUUCGGCCAACCGUCUCUUCAGAAUCAUCCGCAGGGAGCAUGCUGACCCCCUCAUCGAAGAGCUCAAUCCUGGAGAUGCCUUGGAGCCCGAAGGCCGGGGCACAGGGGGCGUGGUGACCGACUUUGAUGGAGAUGGAAUGCUGGACUUGAUCCUGUCGCAUGGAGAGUCCAUGGCACAGCCUCUGUCUGUCUUCCGGGGGAACCAGGGAUUCAGAAACAACUGGCUUCGUGUGGUGCCCCGGACCCUUGGAGCCUUUGCGAGGGGGGCCAAGGUGGUGCUUUACACCAAGAAGAGUGGGGCUCACCUGAGGAUCAUUGAUGGUGGCUCGGGCUACCUGUGUGAAAUGGAACCUGUGGCACACUUUGGCCUGGGACAGGACGAGGCCAGCAGCGUGGAGGUGACAUGGCCAGAUGGUAGGGUUGUGAGCCGAGGGGUAGCCAGCAACGAGACUAACUCUGUGCUGGAGAUCCCCUACCCCCGAGAGGAAGACGGGCCGCUCAAACCGGCGACACUGGAGUGCGGCCAAGGAUUCUCCCAGCAAGACAACGGACGGUGCAUGGACACUGAUGAGUGUAUCCAGUUCCCAUUUGUGUGUCCCCGGGACAAGCCAGUCUGCAUCAACACUUACGGAAGCUACAGAUGUCGAACAAACAAAAGGUGUAGCCGUGGCUAUGAGCCCAAUGAGGAUGGCACAGCUUGUGUGGCUCAAGUGGCCUUUCUAGGUGGAUACCCCUCUGCCGCCAUCAGAAUCUCUGAGUCUCCCUCUCAGGCCUCCUUUCUUUUUCUAGGCCUUGGACUUUGUCUUCAGUUAUAUGCACUUUAAUUCCCAUCAAUAAAGAAAGACUAACAACCUUUGUGGAACUGAA